CCAGUGUAUCUCCCGCGAAAUCUGAGCUGGGCGGCCGAGGCCCAAUCGAAUGGUGGGCCUCUGAUCAACGCCCAAUGGGAAGCCGAGUCUAACCCCCGCGAGAGCAAGUGCUGUGUAGGGACCGGCGGAGCUGCGCAGCACGGUGCUUUCCACACUUCGUAGGUCCGGUCGGCUGGCUCCCCGGCUGGAGGACGUCUGCCCCCUCCCGGAAGAGGAAGGAAAGCACAGCAUGAAGACCCUGGAGGCGCAGCCGUUAACCUCGGACUGCCUGCCUUCAGUUCAGGCCCCGGCUUCCCCGGAGGACAAAAAUGAGGACCCUGAACUACUGCCUCCGGGACCCGAUGGGGACAAUCCCCCCAGGAUAUCCCCAGACCCCGUAACUGUCUCAUCUGGGGCCCUGGAACUGGGUGAGGAAGCGUCUCCCUCUACUCUCUUGGAAACGGGGUUUACUGGUACUCCUAGUGAGCUGAGCCCCCGAACCGAGGAGCAAGACCCGGAAAAUGCCAGCCUUCCUGUCGAAGAAACAAACGGGUCAGAGUUGGAGCCUGGAGAAGCCAUGGAAGGUGUGUCCGAGGAACCAGCUGUGGAGGAUGAGGGAAGCAUCUCUUGGACCUACAGCUUCUCGAAGCCACCUCGAUUUCUCAGUGGUUCCUGGUCAGAGUUUAGCACCCAACCAGAGAACUUUUUGAAAGGCUGUAAGUGGGCCCCUGAUGGCUCUUGCAUCUUGACCAAUAGUGCUGAUAACAUCUUAAGGAUUUACAAUCUGCCUUCCCAGCUCUGCGGUGAGGAGGAGCAGCCAGACUAUACAGAAAUGGCUCCCGUCCUUCGAAUGGAGGAAGGCGAUACCAUCUAUGAUUACUGCUGGUAUUCUCUGAUGUCUUCAGCCCAGCCAGACACUUCCUAUGUAGCCAGCAGCAGCCGAGAGAACCCAGUUCACAUCUGGGAUGCCUUCACUGGGGAGCUCCGGGCUUCUUUUCGAGCCUACAACCACUUGGAUGAACUGAUGGCAGCCCACUCACUCUGCUUCUCCCUGGAUGGCUCCCAGCUCUUCUGUGGCUUCAACCGGACUGUGCGCAUCUUCUGUACGACCCGGCCCGGCCGAGACUGCGAGGUCCGGCCCACAUUCGUGAAGAAGCAGGGCCAGAGUGGCAUCAUCUCUUGCAUCGCCUUCAGCCCCGCACAGCCCCUCUACGCCUGUGGCUCCUAUGGCCGCACCCUGGGUCUGUACGCUUGGGAUGACGGCUCCCCUCUCGCCUUGCUCAGGGGACACCAGGGGGGUAUCACCCACCUCUCCUUUCACCCUGAUGGCAACUUGCUCUUCUCAGGAGCCCGGAAGAGUGCUGAGCUCCUGACCUGGGAUCUCCGGCAGCCUAGUCACCCACUGUGGUCCCUGAGACGGGAGGUGGCCACCAAUCAGCGCAUCUACUUUGACCUGGACCCGACCGGGCAGUUCCUCGUGAGUGGCACUACCAGCGGGGCUGUCUCCGUGUGGGACCUCCAUGCGGCUGCAGAGGACAAGGGGACGCUGGAGCCAGUGCUGAGCUUUCUGCCCCAAAGGGACUGCACCAAUGGCGUGAGCCUGCACCCCAGCCUGCCUCUGCUGGCCACUGCCUCCGGUCAGCGGGUGUUUCCAGAACCCACGGAGAGCGGGGACGAAGGGGAGCAAGAGGUGGACCGUCCCCUGCUCUCCCUGCGCCAUGCCCACCUGGAAAGCCAGCUUCAGCUCUGGUGGUGUGGCGAGAACCCAGAAGAGAACCCAGAAGCCGGCACUCCCGAGGGUCACCAGGACAGGGGACAGGGGGGGCCUGAGGGAGGUGGGAUUGAGUUUAUAUAAAACAGAUUUGAUAUAA